AAGAUGGCGGUGGAGACGGCCGUUAGAAGUAGUAUGUGAGGGGUCCCCCCGCCUCUCCACUGCGACCAUUGCACGAGGCACUAGUAGAAGGUGCGAGAUCAGGCGGCUGGGGCAACGGUCAGAGUAUAUGUCUGUUGGAGAACUGGAACUUAGCUGCAGACUGUUUUGACUGGAGCUGUUUACAGUGUACACUUGGCAACUCUCUGUAUAUAGUAACUCUAUAACAUACAACUCAUCUUGUUGCUUGAGUCUACUAUACAGCAUCACUAUGGAAAAUACCAAACUGUAACAGUAAAAAGACCUGGUAGGGUUGAAGAGUUUCAGGAUCAGAGUGCUGUCAUUUAAUCAGUUUUGUCUGCCCAAACAAUCGGAUUUUUAUUUAAGUAGUUGAUAGUAUAACAUGGCAGCAGGAGGCAGUCCUUUUGAAGAAGGAAUGGAUGAUCGUGACUUACCCAGUUGGGGCAAUGAGAGCAUUGAUGAUCACUUGAACAAUACGGGCUGGGGUGGUCAACCAAAGAGACCAAACAAAUCUUCAGAGAAAAACAGGAAAAAAGUUGCUGGCGAAAGUGAAACAAGACUUACUAAUGAUAUAUCUCCAGAAUCGACACCAGGAAUUGGGCGGCGGAAGUCAAAGGCUCCUCAUAGCUUUCCCCAUACAAGAUAUAUGACCCAAAUGUCUGUCCCAGAGCAGGCAGAACUGGAAAAACUUAAACAAAGGAUAAAUUUUGGUGAUUUGGAUCAGAGAAGUAUUGGAAGUGAUUCUCAAGGCAGAGCAACAGCUGCUAACAAUAAACGCCAGCUUAAUGAAAACAGAAAGCCUUUCAACUUCCUGUCACUGCAGAUUAACACUAACAAAGGCAAAGAUGCUGCCGCAAGUUCCCAAGCACAAGAAACUGUGGGAUCCUUACAGUAUAAAGACUUAUUUACAGCGGCCUUGAGUAAGGAUUUGUUGCAGAAUUGCCCUGUUUCAAUUGAAGAAGAUGGAAGAGGAGAACCUGCAGUGGACAGCAGCCAGAUUGUAAGCAGAUUAGUUCAAAUUCGUGACUAUAUUGCAAAGGCCAGUUCCAUGCGGGAUGAUCUUGUUGAGAAAAAUGAGAGAUUUGCUAAUGUUGAACGCUUAUCGCAUCUUAUAGAUCAUCUUAAAGAACAGGAGAAAUCUUACCUGAAAUUUUUGCAGAAGAUGCUUGCUAGAGAAAAUGAGGAGGAUGGUCGGACUAUAGAUUCAGCUGUGGGAUCUGGUUCUGUAGCUGAGAGCACAUCGCUAAACAUAGAUGUGCAAUCUGAAGUUUCAGAUACAACGGAGGUAUCUUUUAGUCGGAAAGCUCGGCCCCGCAUUGAGGACAAGCUAGGGAAUUCAGCUUCUCAAGGACAGGUUUCAGACAUGGAAGUUACAGCAAGUCCAAAAGUGAAAAGUGACAGAACUACUCUGAAUGGCAGGGAAAUCUGGCCUAGUAGGAAUAAUAGUCAAGAACCUGGAUUGCUUUCAAAGGCUAGAGCUCCCCAGCAGGAAGCUUCAGAAGAACUUGCAAACCUAAAGAAGCAACAUGAUUUACUGAGGAGGAUGUUACAACAACAGGAACAACUGAAAGCCCUUCAGGGGAGGCAAGCAGCUCUGCUUGCUCUACAGCAUAAAGCGGAACAAGCUAUUGCUGUCAUGGAUGAUUCUGUUGUAACAGAAACCACGGGUAGUAUUUCGGGAGUGAGUCUAACGUCUGAGCUGAAUGAAGAAUUAAAUGAUUUAAUUCAACGUUUUCACAAUCAGCUUCAUGAUUCUCAGGGUCAACCUGUACCAGAUAAUAGAAGGCAAGCAGAGAGUCUCUCACUUACCAGAGAGGUUUCUCAAAGCAGGAAUUCUUCCAUGUCUGAACAUUUGUCCGAAGAGAAAGCACAACUAUUUAAUAAGAUGAUAGCAUUACAAGGCAAAAAGCAAAAAAUGGACAAAUUGCUAGGAGAACUACAUACGCUUCAUGACCAGCAUCUUAACAACUCAGCACUCUUGCCUGCAUCAGGGUCUCCUCAGAGAAGUGUUGAUCAGAGAAGCACAACUUCAGUAGUUUCUGCCCCUGCAGGAAUAGUAACCGUGGGCAAUGAAGACUCUAAUUGCUUAGCAUCGCCCAUUGUCUAUCAUCCAGAUUCUGUAACCUCUCAGAAUGAGAGUGAAGAGGAUGACCACCUAAAUCCAACAGCAAAGCUUCAGAAACUGAAUGAAGUUCGAAAGAGACUGAAUGAACUACGUGAAUUAGUCCACUACUAUGAACAGACCUCUGAUAUGAUGACAGAUGCUGUAAAUGAAAACACUAAAGAGGAAGAAGAAACGGAUGAUUCAGAGUGUGAUUCAGAGCAUGAAAAUCCACAGCCUGUUACCAAUAUCAGAAAUCCACAAGGCAUCAGUAGCUGGGGAGAAAUAAAUUGCAAUAGUAAUUUGCAAUGUGGAACUAAUAACAGAAAUGGAAACCAUCUUAAUACAGCAUGUGAAAUAAACAACCGCUCUGCUAAUGUAAGGAUGCUGAACAUGCCCUCGACUUUAGACUGUCAUUACAAUAGGGAAGAUGAUGGAGUAGAUAUACCACAAGGUGAGGAUGCUGAUGCUGAAGCUGAUAGAGCCAGUGAAGCUUCCUUAUCGAGUUGCAGAAGCAGUAUUGCUGAUGAUGCUCCUGUAGAUGUGGAAUUUGAGCAGAAGAUCAACCGUCUUAUAGCAGCAAAGCAAAAACUUAGACAGCUACAAAAUCUUGUUGCUAUGGUGCAGGACGAUGAUGUAGAGCCAGAGGCUGCAGGAGGGGAUAAUAUGGAUCGAUUCUUUCUGGCUGAAGAGAAAAAGGAACAGCAGCAACCUAACAAUACUCGAACCAGUACAAACAAGUCGCAGAAAGGCAUAGGAAUGAAUGAAAAAGCAAGGGAGAAAUUCUAUGAAGCCAAACUUCAGCAACAACAGAGAGAACUUAAACAUCUCCAAGAAGAAAGAAAGAAACUGAUAAAGAUUCAAGAAAAAAUUCAGGUGUUGCAGAAAGCUUGUCCAGACCUUCAGUUGUCAUCUAGCAUGGAUAACUGUCCAGGGAAUACUUCAACACCAGCUGUUAAUGAAGCAAGCAAAACUGUGGUUCUGCCAGAAGAAACAGCCGCAGUGGAUAGUGAGCUUUGGUCUGAAAUGCGUCGACAUGAGAUAUUAAGAGAAGAAUUGCGGCAGAGAAGAAAGCAGCUUGAAGCUUUAAUGGCUGAGCACCAGAGAAGAAGAGAUCUGACAGAUAACACAUCUGCUGGUGCUGGGUCUGUUAAAAGUGAUGGUUCAGAGACACAGUGUACUCCCCAACAAAGCAGAACAGAUAAAACAAUGGCAACAUGGGGAGGGUCUACUCAGUGUGCACUCGAUGAAGAUGAAGGUGAUGAAGAGGCGUAUCUUUCUGAUGGGCUUGCUCACGCAGAAGAGGAGGAAGAGGAAGAACAAGAAUCUAGUUCCAAUGAGUUCUCCAUGUGUCCCAAUAAUGUAGACCAAAGUGCAUAUUGUGUAAAGGAAGAUAAAGAGAGCUGGAAGAAUCCUCGUCCUGUUUCAGCAGAUGGCAACUACCGUCCUCUGGCUAAAGCAAGGCAACAACAGAAUAUCAGCAUGCGGCGACAAGAAAACCAUCGCUGGAUGUCUGAACUUUCUUAUGUGGAGGAGAAAGAACAGUGGCAAGAGCAGAUUAACCAACUGAAGAAACAACUUGAAUUCAGUGUCAAUAUUUGUCAGACAUUAAUGCAGGAUCAACAGACCCUCUCCUGUUUAUUGCAAACCUUGCUAACUGGUCCUUACAGUGUAAUGCCCAGUAAUGUUGCUUCACCGCAAGUACAUCUUAUAAUGCAUCAGUUAAAUCAAUGCUAUACCCAGUUGACAUGGCAGCAAAAUAAUGUUCAAAGGCUGAAGCAAAUGUUAAAUGAUCUAAUGCGCCAACAGGAGCAGCAGCAGGCAAGAACACCCAAAAAGGAAAAAGGCAGCAGGGCACCACCACCUCCCUCACCAACUGUAUUUUGUCCAUUCAGUUUUCCUUCCCAAACCAUGAACUUGUUCAACAUGCCUGGGUUCACAAAUUUCUCCUCUUUCCCACCAGGUAUCAACUUUGGCUCAGUGUUUCCAUCUAGUUUGGGAGAUUUUGCACGUAACUAUACUCCUCAAAACAAUGAUCAUCAACAUCAGCAGCCACCUCUAGAGCACAACGCUUAUGGGAAAACUGAGUAUAUGGCAUUUCCAAAGCCUUUUGAAAGUAAUUCCACUGCUGGAGCAGAGAAGCCUAGAAGUCAGAGGCAGCCUGAAGAGGAAAUGGAGAACAAUAGAUCAACUUGGUUGAAUGAAUAUCAGGAAGGAGGAAAAGAGAAACUGUUCCUUCAGACCGGAUUUGCAGUACCAGUGCAAAAUGCAGCCUGUGGUAAUCACAAAAAUCAACCUGACACUAGCAGAAGAGAAUUUGAUGACGAAUCUCUGGAGAGUUUUAGUAGUAUGCCUGAUCCUGUGGAUCCAACUACUGUGACCAAAACAUUUAAACCUAGAAAAGCAUCUGCACAAGCCAGCCUGGCUUCAAAAGACAAGACCCCAAAGUCCAAGAAUAAGAGGAGGGGCGGUUCUCAAUUUAAAAACCGACCAAAAACGAAUGGUUUUGAAAGUGCCAGUGUUUCUAGUACAUGUGAACCUUACAAAAGCAAUAGGAACAGGCAUUCAACUCGGAAGGAAGAAAUUGUUCAAGCAAAAGUGUUCAGUAAAAAAAACCGGGAACAGCUAGAAAAAAUAAUUAAAUAUAGUCGAUCAUCAGAAAUGUCCUCAGCACAUGCUAGGAGGCUACUGCAGCAGUCUAACAGAAAUGCAUGCAUAGAAGCACCAGAAACAGGCAGUGAUCUUUCUAUGUUUGAAGCUUUGCGAGACACCAUUUAUUCUGAAGUAGCUACUUUGAUAUCUCAAAAUGAAUCUCGCCCUCAUUUUCUAAUUGAGCUUUUUCACGAACUUCAGAUGCUAAAUACAGACUAUUUGAGACAAAGAGCAUUGUAUGCUUUACAGGAUAUAGUGACCAGACACGCAUCUGACGAUAAUGAAAAAGGAGAAUGUCCGAAACCAUUAAGCUCAGCAGCAUGGGUAGGAUCAAAUUCAGAACUUACUCCCAGUGAAAGUCUUGCAACUACGGAUGAUGAGACAUUUGAGAAGAACUUUGACCAAGGAGGCUGUAGACAGUGUGAACAAAAUGAUGCAGACAAUGGCAGUACUCUGUCUACAUCUUCAAAUUUUGAACCCUUUGCUACGGAUGAUCUCGGCAACACUGUGAUUCAUUUAGAUCAGGCAUUGGCACGGAUGAGAGAAUACGAGCGGAUAAAAAUGGCAGCUGAAAGUAACCUUGACUCAGAGGAUGGUUGCUGUAGUAAUUCCCAGGGUGCUCCUGCUCCUAAAUUGGAAGGCUCAGAUGCAGUUGAAAGCCAUAGCGCACCACAGCCUACUGAAGUAGCUGCUGUUCCUUGUCCUCGAAUCGAUACUCAGCAGCUUGACCGACAGAUUAAAGCUAUCAUGAAGGAGGUGAUCCCUUUUCUGAAGGAACACAUGGAUGAAGUAUGUUCUACUCAGCUCUUAACUUCAGUCAGACGUAUGGUCUUGACCCUUACUCAACAAAAUGAUGAAAGCAAAGAAUUUGUGAAGAUAUUUCAUAAACAACUUGGCAGUAUACUGCAGGAUUCACUGGCAAAAUUUGCUGGUAAGAAAUUAAAGGAUUGUGGGGAGGACCUUCUUGUGGAGAUUUCUGAAGUCUUAUUCAAUGAGCUAGCUUUCUUUAAACUCAUGCAAGACUUGGACAACAAUAGCCUUACGGUAAAACAAAGAUGUAAAAGGAAAAUUGAAGCAGAUGGAAUGCUACACUCCUAUGCCAAAGAGGCCAAAAAGGCACUUGAAGAGGGGGCUUGUUCAUCUACUGACGAUAUUGAUGAAGACAAAGACAAAGAUGAAACUGAAACUGUGAAGCAGGCUCAUGAAUCUGCAGUAUAUAAUAACAGAGAAGUUCCAAGAAGUACAAGAUCAGAUGCUUCCGACCAGGAAGAUGAAGAGAGUGAAAGUUGUCCAGUGUCCAUAAGCUUAUCUAAAGCAGAAACUCAGGCUCUAACUAAUUAUGGAAGUGGAGAAGAUGAAAAUGAAGAUGAAGAAAUAGAUGAAUUUGAAGAAGGACCCGUGGAUGUCCAAACUUCCCUCCAAGCAAACAAUGAAACUACUGCUGAAAAUGAACAAGAGCAGAUUCUGCAACACAAAUUUGAGAAUCCAAAUGUCUGUCAGGCUUUAUCCUCUGAGCAGGACUCUGUAAACGCUAAAGGUGAUCAGGAUUUACCUGCUGCUGUGCCUCAAUAUCUUAAUGUAUCAGAAGAUAAACAGCCCUUGGCUGUUAAAGUUGCUGAGGAUCUUAAUACUAGCACUAUGUUAACAGUAGAAGAACCAGACCCUUCACUGGAAGAAAAUGAAAACCAGACAUUGGAAACAGUACAUAGAGAAACCAAAUCUUCAUCAGGAACUCCUGAAAGCUCUGUGGUUGGCAGUCCAGAUACAGAGUCACCUGUAUUGGUGACUGAAUAUGAAACUGGUUCUGGAAACAUCAGUCAGAAAUCAGAUGAAGAUGAUUUUGUCAAAGUUGAAGACUUGCCCCUUAAACUUACAGUCUACUCAGAGGAAGAUCUAAUGAAAAAAAUGGUGGCAGAGGCUCAGAAUAACAAUAUUGCCGAAGAAAUAUUAGCUGGUGCAGAAAGUCAAGGUGAAGAAUUAAUAGGAGAUCCUCAAAUGCUGAAGGAGCCUGAAACUACUGGAGCCCAAAGUGCAUGAACCUAACCUUCAAGCUGCCUCUUCCUCCAUUGACAGAUGCAUAUAAAAAUUGCUACUAAAUGUCAUGUGUUCUAAUCUGUAUAAAAAUGUAAAUUAGUUUUUCACACUCUGCCUUUUAGAAUAGGCAUGCUAACAUUUGCCCAUAAAAAUUUAAACAGCUAUGAGUUUUCAGACUGGCUGCACAGUUCUUUUGUCUGUCUUUUUUUAAAAGAAAAUUUAUUGUGAUUUUAGCCAUUUUAAAAUGUAGUUUUAAAUAAAGUUUGACUUGUA